AUGGAAAUGGAAUCCGCCGCCGUGGCCAUCGUGACGGUGCCGUUCCCGGCGCAGGGCCACCUGAACCAGCUGCUACACCUGUCCCUGCUCCUCGCCGCGCGGGGGCUCCCCGUCCACUUCGUGGCGCCGGAGCCGCACCUCCAGGAGGCCCGCGCGCGCCUGCACGGCUGGGACGGCACCCACCCCGCGGCGGUGCGCUUCCGCGCGCUGGACGUGCCCGCGCACGAGUCCCCCGCCCCGGACCCGCGCUCCCCUUUCCCGGCGCACAUGCAGCCGCUCUUCGAGGCCUACUGCGCCGGCGCGCGGGCCCCGCUGGCCGCGCUCCUGGCGGAGCUCGCCGCCACCCACCGCCGCGUCGUUGUCCUCCACGACCGCAUGGCGGCGUUCGCGGUGGCCGAGGCCGCGCGCUUGCCCAGCGCCGAGGCCCUCGGCGUGCACUGCCUCGCCGCCUCCUACAACGUCGGGUGGGCGGACCGGGAGCACGCCCUGCUGCGCCGCCACGGCCUCGUGUUCCACCCGCCCGACGCCUGCGCCACCCCGGAGUUCGGCAUCCCGUCCUCCAACGGCCAAAGGCUGUUCGCCGUCGGGCCUCUCAGCCCGGUGCUCCUCCCCCUCCCCGGCGCCGGUGUCGGCGCGGGGAGCGGGACUGGGAGCGGGAGCUCGCGGCGGCACGAGUGCCUGGACUGGCUGGACGCGCAGCCGCCGUGGUCAGUGCUGUACGUCUCGUUCGGCACGACGUCGUCGCUGCGCCCGGAGCAGGUGCGCGAGCUGGCCGCCGCGCUGCGGGACAGCGGGACGCGCUUCGUGUGGGUGCUGCGCGACGCCGACCGCGCGGACCUGCGCGGCGGCGGGGAGGAGGGGGACGCCGCUGCCGAGACCCUCCGCGCCGCCGCGGCGUCCGAGCUCGGCCCCGACGGCCCUGCCGCCGGCGUGGUGGUCACCGGGUGGGCACCGCAGCUGGAGAUCCUGGCGCACGGUGCGACGGCGGCGUUCAUGAGCCACUGCGGGUGGAACUCCACCGUGGAGAGCCUCAGCCACGGGAAGCCCAUCCUGGCGUGGCCCAUGCACAGCGACCAGCCCUGGGACGCCGAGCUCGUCUGCAAGUACCUCCGCGCCGGCGUGCUCGUGCGCCCCUGGGAGCGCCGCCACGACGUGACCCCCACAAACGCGAUCCGCGAUGCCAUCGACAGGGUCUUGACUCGGAGGAAGGCGGGGAGAUCCGGCGCCGGGCGGCCGCGCUCGGAGAGGCCGUCCGCGGCGCCGUGGCCGAGGGCCCUGGACGAGCUUGUCGCGUACUACGUGACGAGGUGA